GCCUAGCUACCACUAUAACAAACCUAUUGUCCUUCCAACUUUUGCAUUUCCUCAUCUACCAAUAUUUUUAUUUCUUCUUAUAAUUCCUCCCUGGUUGUUGAUGAAGAAAUGAGAGAUAGAAUGGAAAGGCUCGUUGUUCUUCCUUUCUCUGUUGGUUGCAUUUCUGAAUCUAGUGUUGCUGUAGCUGUUCAGCGGCCUAGAAGAUCGAAAUCAGACGCAACCCCAUCAGCAAUUAGAAGUAAAGAAGAAGAUGAUUUAGAAAGCUUGUCAGGUGAUAGCAUGAAGAGCUCAUUCAGGUUCCUGGUUAGUCCAAAGCCUAAUAUAACAACUGGGUUUCACAAACUGUUCAAGGGUUUCAAGAACUUCUCUCAAUUAUUUGCCUACAAGGAAGACUUAGAUGAAAUGGAGAUGGACAUGGAAAUAGGGUGUCCAACAGAUGUGAAGCAUGUGACACACAUAGGAUGGGAUGCUGCUGCGACUCCCAACCCCAUAAUGGGAUGGGAUAAUCUCAUUUCUCCUGAUUUGAUGUCUCUCCCUUCUGUUUCUUUGGAGCAAUUUGAGCUUUCCAGUGCUAGACAAGCUGAUGCACCUCUUAUUAAUGGUUGAACAUAAAUUAGUUAAUGUGGUUAUGAUGUAACGGUACUAUAUAUUAAGUGAUAUUAAUGUUGAUAGAAAUUAUAGGUAUGUAUUUAAAUGUCUAGACUUUACAUGUUACCUACCCAAAAAAAAAAAAAAAAAAAAAUCAAAACAAUUUGAAAAUUCUUCCCUCCUUUUGUCAUGUACUAUUAAGUUCUCCUUGGUGAUUGUAUGAAACUAUACUGUUGUAUCCCAUCAAAAAAAAAAAAAAAAAAAAAACUAUACUGUUGUAAUGACAGUUUCUGUAAUUAUGUGGCAUCUCAGAUAUAAAUAUUUGGCAUUUGGCUAUUA